GAGAGAAGGCAAAGUGGAAAGAGCGCUAUGGAUUUUUCUGCUACUGUGAUCCUCGCUGGGCUGAUCGUGGCUCUGCUGUGGCUGUUCAGCGUCAGAAACAGCAGGAGAUACCGUCUGCCUCCAGGACCUUUUGCACUUCCAAUAGUGGGUAACCUGCCUAUGAUCGACAAAAAUGCACCUUUUAAAAGCAUUCUCAAAUUCAGUGAAACCUACGGGCCUGUGAUGACGGUGUACCUGGGCUGGCAGCGGACCGUGGUUCUGGUCGGGUAUGAUGCGGUGAAGGGGGCGUUGGUGGACCAGGCCGAUGACUUCACAGGCAGAGGACCGCUGCCAUUCCUGGUCAAAGCCACCAGGGGUUAUGGUUUGGGCAUCGGUAACGGAGAGCGUUGGCGUCAGCUGCGGCGUUUCACCCUGAGCACCCUGAGGGACUUUGGGAUGGGACGAAAAGGGAUGGAGGAAUGGAUCCAAGAGGAAAGCAAACACCUGAGGGACCGAGUGAAUUCAUUUAAAGGGAAGUCCUUCAACCCGACGUUCUUACUCAGCCAAACUGUGUCCAAUGUGAUCUGCUGUCUGGUCUUUGGACAACGCUUUGACUACGAUGAUGCACAGUUCCUUCGCCUACUUCACGUCAUCGCUGAAGUAUUAAAGUUUGGCAGCAGCCCUCGCGGUCAGAUGUUCAAUAUCUUCCCGUGGAUCAUGGACCAUCUGCCCGGUCAUCAACACACUGUUUUUGCUCAAAUGGAAGAGUUGAGGGAGUUUAUUCAAGUGAAAAUACAAGAACACAAGAAAACACUAGACCCCAGUUCACCGAGAGACUUCAUCGACUGUUUCCUCCUCAGGAUGGACCAGGAAAAAGACCUUCCUACGACUGAGUUCCACCAUGACAACCUGGUGGCGACAGUGUUGAAUCUGUUUGUGGCAGGAACCGAAACCACCAGCUCCACCAUCAGAUACGCCCUCAGUGUCCUGAUCAAACACCCUGACAUCCAGGAGAAAAUGCAGCAUGAGAUUGACACAGUAAUCGGACAGGAGCGCUGUCCAAACAUGGAGGACAGGAAGUCCGUCCCUUUCACCGACGCCGUCAUCCACGAGGUGCAGCGUUUCCUGGACAUCGUCCCGUUCAGCCUGCCUCACUAUGCGCUCUACGACAUCUCCUUCAGAGGUUACACCAUCCCUAAGAACACCGUGAUUCUUCCCAUGUUGCACUCUGUUCUCAAAGAAGAAAAGAAAUGGGCGACUCCAUUCUCCUUCAACCCUCAGCACUUCCUGGACCACAACGGCAACUUUAAGAAGAACCCUGCAUUCAUGCCUUUUGCUGCAGGGAAACGAGCCUGUGUUGGAGAGUCUCUGGCUCGGAUGGAGCUUUUCAUCUUCAUUGUGACGCUGCUGCAGCAUUUCACCUUCUCAUGCAGCGGUGGUCCUGACACUAUUAACUUAAUUCCAGAGUACAGCAGCUUUGCCAACGUGCCACGAAGAUACGAACUCAUGGCAAAGCAGCGGUGAAAAGAACUGCGGCUUAAAAACCAACAUGUAACGCAAUAAGAUGAUGACUAUUGUACAGCAGACAUUAAACUUUAAAUGUAAGGAACAGCCUCUAAUCUUUUUCUAUUGUAAAUAUAUCAUAUAAUUUUAUGUAUUGACUGCUAUCAUACUUUAUCACACAAUAGAAAUGAAUGUGCUGCUAUAAAUAUGUAUAUACUGUUCAGUCAAUUAUAACUUCUAAAUAAG